AUGUCAUAUGCAUCCCCUCGUCUAUAUUGGAGUUGCGCCCGACAAUAUAUCCCGGCUUUUCGGCAUCUCGAUGAGCAGGAGGCUUUUUGGGCGUGUUGCUUUCGUGGCUUUCGUUCUAACACUGGGUCGGUGGUAUCUCGGAUUGGGGAUCUAGACGGUCAAAGUUGGAGAACUUCACAAUGUCGCAUCACGAGAAAGGAAAAUGAUAAAAGCCGGGAAGUUCCCUCAAAAAGAGAAAGGGUAUACUCUUUCAAUCUGACAGUCUUGGACAUUGGAACAAUUACCAUCAUGUCAAAGCCCAAUUUCACCUUGGCAGAAGGCCAGCCUGUUACCGAUCCUUCUGUCAGUACCACCUUUCCUUCAUUUGGUGGCGGCGGCUAUACGACCCUGGGCGACACGCUGCUCCUUGAGACACUCGCCCAUUUUAACCGAGAACGCAUACCCGAAAGAGUGGUACACGCCAAGGCUUCUGGUGCAUGGGGUGAAUUUGAGGUUACCAGAGACAUCGGUACUCUCACGUCAGCCAAGUUCCUCAACGGCGUCGGAAAGAAAACCCCUAUUCUUUUCCGCCUCAGUACCACCGGUGGAGAGAAAGGUAGUGCAGAUACUGUGCGUGAUGUACGAGGCUUCUCUGUGAAGUUCUUUACGGAGGAUGGCAACCAUGAUAUUGUGGGAAACCAUAUCCCUGUGUUCUUUGUCCGCGAUCCAAUCCGAUUCCCAUCUCUGAAUCGAAGUCAUAAACGGCACCCGGCAACCAAUCGCCCAGAUUGGAAUAUGUUCUGGGACUUUCAUACCAACCAACCGGAAAGCGUCCACGCUUUGAUGCAUCUGUUUGGUUCUCGAGGUAUUCCAGACUCGAUUCGUCGAGUGACAGGAUUUGGUGUGCACACUUACAAGAUGGUCACUGCCGAUGGAAAAUUCCGCUACUGCAAAUUCCACUUUAGGCCUACCCUUGAUAUCACACACUUCUCUGGUCUGGAGGGAACUCGCAUGGCUGGGGCAAACCCUGACUACCAUAAUCAAGAACUGUGGAAUGCCAUCAAUCACGGACAAUACCCCAUUUGGAAACUCUAUGUGCAGACCAUGGAGCCAGCACAGGCUGAGACAUAUGGCCGUGGUCUGUUCGACAUUACCAAAGUCUGGCCCCACAGCGAAUUUCCUUUGAUUGAAGUUGGCAAAAUGACACUGAACAAGAAUCCGGACAAUUACUUUGCCGAAAUUGAGCAAGCAGCAUUCUCGCCCUCGAACAUGGUGCCUGGAAUUGCGGUGACUCCCGAUCCCAUGCUGCAAGCACGCAUGUUUGCUUACCCCGAUGCUCAACGAUACCGCCUCGGUGUCAAUUACACCCAGCUUCCUCCCAACCGAGCAAUCUGCCCCGUCUACCACCCCUUUGAACGUGACGGCAUGGCGACCAUCACUCGAAACUAUGGAGGUGAUCCCAACUACGUGCGCAGCUCGCUAAGCCCCGGUGUUCCCAGCCAGGCUCUGUCGAAUGUUACACACACAGAGCGCAUAGAGAAGAAUGCUACCCUUGGCCAAAACGAGCUUCCCGUUGAGGAUGAGGAUUAUGUUCAGCCACGCGAGCUGUGGAAUCGAGUCUUUGAUGAAAAUGAGAGAAGACACUGGAUUGAAAACGUGGCAGAAACUUUGGACGAGGUGCCUGUUGGUCUUAGGCAGGCUGUUGCUGAUAUGUUCGGCAAGGUUGACGUCCGCAUUGGUCAAAUGUUAGCCGCGAAGGCCAACAAUAGCUCGCGACUUUGA